GAUUGUAUGGUAUUAGGAUUACUAAAAAUUGCAGAUGGUGGCCCAGACAGAAUCCAGUACACCUGCAGAGCAAAGGAAGGAGGACUAAUUCAGGUGAAAAUGGUCAUAUUCACCAGGGAGUAGAAAAGGAAAGUAUUUCAGGAUGUUCAUGACUCCAGUAGAGGAGGAGCUCACAUGGGCAUCACUAAAACUAUUGCCAAAACUACAGAGAGAUUUUAUUGCAUAGGCAUUAAGAAAGGUGUAGUGAAUUGGACAGGUGAGUGUGACUGAUGUCAGAGUUCUGAAAAGAUGAAAACUGUAGCACCAGUCCUGAAUCCUAUUAAGAGUGAAGGCCCUUGGCAGAUGGUUGAUGUAGAUUUGAUGGGGCCCUAAAAGAAACUCAGUCUGGCAACAAGGACAUCCUUACUUUAACAGACUUACACUCCAGAUUUAUAGAGGCAUUUCCACUGCCUUCAAAAUGUGCUGAUCUGGUAUGUGAUGUAUUGCAGAGUAUUUUCCACUGUUCUGGUCCCCCAGAGAAAACCUUAACUGAUCAGGGAAAGGAAUUCUGUAAUACAUUAAAUGACACUCUUUUCCAUUGUUCAAGUGAAGCACCUUGUAACACUUGCUUGCCACCCCCAAACUAAUGGCCAGGAUGAGAGGACCAACCAGACGCUGAAGGGCUCUUUAACUAAAUUGGUAAAUGAGAAUCAGAAUGACUGGGACAAACACUCGGAGGCUGCUCUGUUUGGUAUAUGAACAUCAAUGCAAGCUUCAAUAAAGUGUUCUCCCUCUUUCUUGAAGUUUGGUAGACAGCCAACACUGUUUGUUGAACAGCACCAAAAUUAUCUUCAUGAAAAAGUUGAUAUUUUAGAAUUCCCAAAUUUGAGCCCCUCAGAUGAGUCAGUGGAAUCAAGAAAGAGUCGCUUGACAGCCAUAAAAGAAAAAGUUGGCAGUCAUGUUGCUAAAGCACAAGCUGAACAAAAGAAAUAAUAUGAAAUGAGGAAAGCUAAAGGACAUAAGUCAUUUGACUUUAAGAUUGGAAUGAAAGUUGUAAAGAAUAAUAAAAAGCAAGGAAGGAAAGGUUCCUGGCUUGAGGAGGACUGGCUUGGGCCUUAUGACACACCCAGCAUCUUAGAUAACUCUGUACAAAUCACCACAAAUGGAAAACUCCUUCAAAAUAAAACUGCAUUAAUUCACAUUAAACUUUAUAAAUCCCUCAGUAGGUACUGCACAGGAGCAUGCACAACUUUGUGGCCAAAUGCUGCUGCCAUCAGCUGCAGGGAGUGCUUCUGCUGUCUCUGUCUUUCCAGAAUCCAUGGCAUCUGGGGAGGAGCCUGGAGAGGACAUUCCCCCAGCCACAGACCAUGCUGGUGUGAGGCAGCAGCCUGAGGUGCUCCUUUGUGAAGGGUCACACCAUAUCACUCCCCUUGAUGUGCUCCUUUGUGAAGGGUCACACCAUAUCACUCCCCUUGAUGUGCUCCUUUGUGAAGGGUCACACCAUAUCACUCCCCUUGAUGUGCUCCUUUGUGAAGGGUCACACCAUAUCACUCCCCUUGAUGUGCUCCUUUGUGAAGGGUCACACCAUAUCACUCCUCUUGAUGUGCUCCUUUGUGAAGGGUCGCACCAUAUCACUCCCCUUGAUGUGCUCCUUUGUGAAGGGUCGCACCAUAUCACUCCCCUUGAUGUGCUCCUUUGUGAAGGGUCGCACCAUAUCACUCCCAUGCCUCUCACCACUGUCAGUAAGGAAUGCAUUUCAGAAUCCUCAGCAUAUGGGGAGAAGCCUGGAGAGGACACUUCCCCAGCCACAGACCAUGCUGGUGUGAGGCCGCAGCCUGAGGUGCUCCUUUGUGAAGGGUCACAGCAUAUCACUCCCCUGCCUCUCACCACUGUUGGGAAGGAAUGCAUUUCAGGUGUCCCCAAUCCCUCCCGCCCUGAGUGAACACACCCCCAGACAAAACCUCUAAGGGGGCCAAGGGGAAGGGAGCAGCCCAGGCCCCUUGCAAUGCUGAGAGAGGUGCAGCCAGCAAGGAGGCAAGUGGCUCAUCUGUCAGUUCUAACCAUGAGGAGCUGGUGUGCGCCUACCACGCCCACAGCCACACCAAUGGAGGGCCAACGACACCCAAGUCUGGCCAGUGUGUGGUGACAAGUAGUGAGGUCACCACUGAAUCUGACACACCUGCUGAGCCUGACCUGGUGUCUUUCUGUGCUGCCCUGGGCAACAACUGAGCCCUGCGAGUCCCUGCCCUCUUCAAGCCAGACGGGGACUACCAGACUGUGGCUGACAUGGUGGGUGGCGGUCGCUCCAGGACAGAGUCAACCACCAGUCACGAGGAAAGUUUGGACGAGGCCAGAAGUGCGUCAUCCCACCACAGGUCACGGGGACAGGAACUGUUGGCCAGGCAGGGUCACCGUCCCUCCCACGGCGACCCGGAUUAUAGCUACGCUCACCCUGUGAAGAAGCAGUGCCUUCCCCCACCCCUCCACUGUCCUCCACUGACAGCAACAGGUGUAUGAGUUAGUGAUAGUGAGGUCACUGACAGACAGACUCGCCAAAUUGUUCAUUAGUAAAAGUUCCGUGGCCACUAAGGUCUAAAGCACUGUUCAGGGGGUGCUGUGAACUUAUCAUUAAACCCAGCUGUGACCUCACUGAACGUUUCCCUUUGUGUCUCACAACACAAGGGGGCAGUCACAGCCUGCCCUCUAAAGACAACUCUCUUCCUCCACACAAAACUACAAGCACCUAAUAACACACACACCCUUCACUCAAAAAAUUUUAAAAUCAUGGCGACUCCUACACCAGCCUCGGAGUCCCCAUCUGGGGAGGGGACCAUAAAUGUCCCCAGGUCGGACUGCCUUUCCGUCGACGACCCUAAGUGUCUUGACACCCCCCUCAACUUUUUCUUCAUUAACUUCUGCAACAUUCGCGGUCUAAGAUCUAAUUUUCAAUCUGUAGAACACCACCUCUCCUCUUCUAAACCUCAUCUUCUUUUCCUCACUGAAACUCAGGUGUCUGAGGCAACUGACAGUAGCCCCUUUUCUGUUCCCUCCUACUUUCUCUAUCCUCAUUUUCGAUCCAAAGCUGGAUGCUGCGUUUAUGUGCGCAAUGACUUAACCUGCUCUCGUGCCCACGCUCUUGAAUCUUCCGAGUUUUCCACCAUCUGGCUACGACUACAGAGUCAUUCUCAUACUAAAUUUAUCUGUGCUGUAUACCUCUCUCCUAACUCCUCUGACUAUAAGAAAUUCUUUGACUACUUAACUUCCAAAGUGGAGCACAUUCUGACCCUCUUCCCUUUUGCAGAGAUCUCCAUUCUUGGAGACUUCAAUGUUCACCACCAGCUUUGGCUUUCCUCUCCCUUCACUGACCAUCCUGGUGAACUAGCCUACAACUUUGCUAUCCUCCAUGACCUAGAGCAAUUGGUGCAACACCCUACUCGUAUUCCUGACCGUCUUCGAGAUACGCCCAACAUCCUUGACCUUUUCCUGACCUCUAAUCCUUCUGCUUAUGCUGUCACCCUUUCUUCUCCGUUGGGCUCCUCCGAUCACAAUCUCAUAUCUUUAUCUUGUCCUAUCACUCCAAUCCCUCCUCAGGAUCCCCCUAAGCGAAGGUGCCUCUGGCGUUUUGCCUCUGCUAGUUGGGGGGACCUGAGGCGCUAUUUUGCUGAUUUUCCUUGGAAUGACUACUGCUUCCGUGUCAGAGACCCGUCUUUGUGUGCUGAGCGCAUAACAGAGGUGAUAGUGUCUGGCAUGGAGGCGUACAUUCCUCACUCUUUUUCUCGUCCUAAACCUUCUAAACCUUGGUUUAACACAGCUUGUUCUCGUGCUAUACAUGAUAGAGAGGUGGCCCACAAAAGGUACUUAAGCCUUCCUUCACCAGAAUCUCAUGCACUUUAUAUUUCUGCCCGGAACCAUGCCAAGUCUGUUCUCCAACUAGCCAAAAACUCCUUCAUUAACAGAAAAUGUCAAAAACUUUCAAGAUCUAACUCCCCUCGUGAUUUCUGGCAUCUAGCCAAAAAUAUCUCCAAUAACUUUGCUUCUUCUUCUUUCCCUCCUCUACUUCAACCAGAUGGCACCACUGCUAUCACAUCUAUUUCUAAAGCUGAACUCUUUGCUCAAACCUUUGCUAAAAACUCUACCUUGGACGAUUCUGGGCUUGUUCCUCCCUCUCCUCCACCCUCUGACUACUUCAUGCCUCGUAUUAAAAUUCUUCGUAAUG